CUGUCGCCGCCAGUUGGACUCGAACCGCCCAGUUCGUCGUGUGUUUCAAGUUUGUUGAUGUCUUAAGGCCAUCCGGCUCAGCAUAACUGGCAGUUUUUGUUUUACGAGUUCAGACUCCGGAAACUACGCGUUGCUUUCAGACUCCAUGACAAAACGAAAGAACAAUUCUCUGUCGUUAAUGUGCGUGUUUCACCUUCCUUCUUCAAGUGAAUAAUAUAUACAUCGAUGUUGUUAUGUUCCUGGAUGUUGACCUAGCAGUGGCUACAAACUUCAUGGACUCCAAGAUCUACGUGAUUCGUCAUUAUCGAAUUCAAAAAUAAAUGUUCUUAUUAUUGUUAGUCGUUUAGUGAACUGUAACUCAAUCAGUUGCCAGGUUUAUUUUGUGGAUUGAACAGAAGGGAAAGUUUCAGUUGUGUAAAUACUGAAGUCAUUACCAAGACCUUAAUGCAAAUCUAGUAUUGUUUCUUCGAUACAUCGAUAUUUAUUUGUGUGCAUAUAGAAACCAUUUGAGAGGUGGUUUUGUUGUUACUAGCAAACUUCGAAGAUGUUUGUACAACAAAUAUGUGACCAUAGAAAGUACUUUAUUAAAUUACUCUCAGUUUUUAAUUUGAAGUCUGUGUAGCGUGCUUCAUACAUGUUAAUUUAGAAUAUUUAAAUAUUGCAUUUAAAUUCUUAAAUACGUCUCUAUGCGUGUAUGUUAAUAGUUCAGCCUAAUGUAUGCAAACUAAAAUAUUAUUCAGAAUAAUGUAAUUAGUGACGUAACUGGCGGGGUACUGGAUUAUUCUACUGCUUUGAUUCUCUCAUAUUUUAUUUUAUCAAGUAUUACUACAAGGUUCAAAGUGUUAUGGAAUUAAUGUGAAUGGAUCGUAUUUAAAGUUUUCGGAAUGAAUUACGAAAUGAUCUAUGAUGAUACGCGCCCUACCAAUGGCGAUCUCUUAUUGUGUAAUGAAGUUCGUGUGAGUGUCACAACAAAGUUGUCGGUGAGAAGACUUGUUUAAAUUGUGAAUAUCUGCUUUUGCAGGAAGAUUUGUAAUAAUCUGAACCCGCAUUCUUAACGAUCUGACCAACCAUGAUGGCUGUGAAGAAUAAAACAACACCUGCGCGUGGGAACAGGAGAGUGAAGACAUCAGUUGUCUUCAUCCUGAUGCUAUUAUGUCGAAACUCAGGAUCGACCUAUGUUGGAGCUGAGAAUGGUCAGGGGACGGGAGCUAUGUACAACUCGCUGGAGCCAGUGGGUUCACCUUCUCCUCUCCCGCCGCCGCCGUCUUCCGUCGGGAGAGACGAACCUUACUUCGACACCACGGUCCCUGGAAACGUCACCGCCCUAAUAGGAAAGUCUGCGUACCUCAACUGUCGGGUGCGAAACCUUGGAAAUAAAACGGUGUCGUGGAUUCGCCAUCGGGACAUCCACAUCUUGACAGUUGGAGGUUACACUUACACAAGCGACCAACGCUUCCAAACGAAUCACCAUCCAGACGAUAAUGAGUGGACUCUGCAGAUCAAGUGGGCACAGAAGAGAGAUGACGGGAUUUACGAGUGUCAAAUCAGCACACAGCCAGUACGAAGCUAUUUCGUUAACCUCAGUAUUGUCGAGCCGUCUACGUCAAAGCCACAGUGGAGAUUAAAUGAGGAACUCUACCAAUCUCAUCAGUCAUAUGAUGAUAUUGCUCAUCAAAUUAAAGGAGAAAUUCCUACAAAAAAGCCUCGAUGGAUGUUUAAUGAUGACUGGUACCAAUCUCAACAGUCCCACAGUGGUACCAUUAGACAAAUUGAAAGAAAAGUGCCAACUGCUACGAUUUUGGGCGGCCCUGACUUGCACGUGGACAGGGGCAGUACCAUUAACCUCACGUGCACAAUCAAGGACAGCACAGAACCGCCAGCCUACAUCUUCUGGUAUCAUCAUGAAGAUGUCAUCAACUAUGACUCAAGUCGUGGCGGCGUAACUGUUAUUACGGAGAAAGGCGAAGUUACCACGAGCUACCUGCUCAUACAAGACGCUGUGGCGUCUGAUUCAGGGAGGUAUUCUUGCAGACCAUCCAACGCGGAAGGUGCCGUCGUGAAAGUCCACGUUCUGAAUGGUGAAUUCCCAGCUGCCAUGCAGACCGGAUCGGCAGGGUUGUCCAACAGUUUCGUCUGUGUAAUGUUAAUCGUUCUGCUCAGUGUACUGUACUGGCAUCUGCUUACUGGAAUGUGAUUCCUUGUUGCUAUGAGGAAACACGCGAUAUCCGCGAAGAGGAGUGGAGUUACGGAAACCGAAGAGAAAAGUACUAAAGGUAAGAUUCGUGUAUUUUAUCAAUUAAAUAAUGUGAAUUUGUAAUUAAAAAAACUUGUUUUAAAAA